ACGAAACUUGCUUGAAUGAACCAGGAAGUAAAUAGCAUUAGAGAGUGUUAUGCACACAUUAGAGACAUCCGUGGUCCCAGCUCGUGGCUUGACAGGUUAUCUUAAUCAUGGCUAACUUGAACGCCUCGGUCAGAGAUGUUCUAUCAGAGAUCGAUGCGUUUUUCAACGAGACCCUACGAAACGAAAAGGUGUCACGGAAAGUCUUGCUUCAUAAAGAGAAACUACUAGACCAGGUCUACAGACUCCGACAAGACUAUCCAGACCUACUUCCGAAAUCUGACGAUCUUACCCGAACUGACGUUGAUGAACUAAUUCCUGAAGUUCCUGCAAGGGCCCUCAAAGACAUCACCAAAGCGGGUUUUCUGGACAAGAGAAGAAAGAAAGAGACCUUGUUCCACCGUGGCAGUUACCAAAGGCGAUACUGCGUCAUCCAACACAACAUCUUCUACUACUUUGUCAACUUCGCAGACAAAAAACAAGCAGGAGCCUUUAGCCUAGCAGGCUACAAGUUCAGAAAGGCGGCCUACCUUCCUGAAGAAAGUUUCAAGAAGGAUCUCAGUUUCGAGUUGGGGUGUCUUGGAAAGCGCUCCUACCAGUUUUUGGCAGAAAAUACGCAGGAUUUUAAAGAAUGGAAAGAUGCCGUUGAGAAGUGUAACACAACCUCUGAAAACAAGAAAAAUACAUCCAAAUCGAAAGCCGUAUCAUCCCCCAAGGAAGAGAAUGAUUUUUUGAAAGACGACAGCGACGAUGACGAAUAUUACAUUGCCGUGCCCGUCGAAAAAGAGCAAAACAACAACCACAAACACGAGAGUGACAGCGAUGACGAUAGCGACGGUGGACAAAAUUAUGAGGAGGUUUUACCAGCUUCUAAAAGAAAUGGAACCCAACCAGAAAGUCCAAAGCCCCCUCCUGUGCCAAAGAAAACGGCACCAAAGAAGCCUGCAACAGAGAACACGGCACCAAAGAAAAAGGCACCCAAGAAAUCUAUAACAGAUCGCGCCCCGAUGCGGCCUCCGCCAUUACCGAAACAAAACGCCAAGAACAAACCUGCAGCUGACAAUGGCUUGUACGAAGACCAUGAUUCCGACGACGACGAGAAUUAUGCCGACCCGAUUGAGUACGGCAGGGGAUCCGAUGAAGAAUUCGACGAUGAGGAAGCCUAUGACGAUGUUGACAGUACUUUUAAAAAAGCUGCUGAUACAAAACCACCUGUGCAGGACGAUGACGAUUUGUAUUAUACUGACGUCAUUUCCGGGAAAGCACAAAAGGAAGUGACGCAAUGAAUACAGCCGGACACUAUGUGGUCGUGAAAACAGCUCUUAAGGCUAUGAUCAUUGUGGUCCGAUACGGAUCCUGAAAAAUGAAAACUUCCGGGUGCACAUUGCAUUGUAGAGAGGAGGCAUAUAUACACAGGGUGACACACGGUGUCUGAACCCCUACCAUUGCUCCUCUGAACAGUAGUAAGCGUGAUGUUUAUACGCCAGUACGUUAUUUAAUAUCUGGUUUGUAGGGCUAGACUUCCUCGUUACAUUUAUAGAUAUUCGGUGAAGACGUUAUCUUUGAAAAACCCUCUAAACUGUAGAGUUUUCAGUCAACUGUUGAUGAGGGUAAUAAAUCCUGGGUCGACGUUAUACCCACGGGGUCGUCAAUGUGUAAGGGGAAGAGGUUUAGGGUGGAAAAUGUUUGCGUCAUGGGUUGGUCUGGAUCUGGUGUUGGAACCAUUAAAGUUGGUUCGAUGAGACAAGACAAUUAUCAAAUUAGAUAUAGAGGAGGGUUCCAGCCUUGUGUAAACAUGCUACUAACCCACUUUCCUGGGAGUCCUCACGUUUCCCUACGGGACAAUUCCUAACAUCAGGACAUUUCUCUACAUGACAACUCCCCUUGGAUAGUUCCGUUAUGGACAGUUCGUCACAUAGGUAAUUCGCUCCAUGUUUAGGUUAUUCAUAGGUAAUUCGCUCCAAGUGGGAGACUUUUGUAUUAUUUAAAGGAAGUUUGGUGGAGGAAUCGAGAUGUCUUUUCGCCAUGUUAACAUUAAUCCUACAUUAUCCACUAAUUAUAAGAGAAUUGGAAGUGAAUUUUGACUGCCAUUUUGCCUGACCAUAGACAAUAUCUCGUUAUUCUAUGUGAUUUUGACAAUUGCCCAAUGAACAAACUGGUUCUUGGGGGUGCCAGAGCUGACAGGUUAGCUUUAGAUGAAAUUAGUAGAGAAUGCUCUAUAUUAUAAUAUAGAUAGAAAUCACUCAGUCACUCAGCCAGUUCAUACAUUCUAUGUAAAGACUUGGUUUUAAUAUGUGUUUUUGUGACAACUUCAAAUGGUGACAUUUACGUGAACAUGGCAAAAUGUUAAUGAAUUUUAAUAUUCAUAUUUCAUAGAUUGUCAGUUGUAAAUAAAAUUGGUGAUAUAUAA